AUGCCUCCGGGGCUCGACGAGGAGGGCCAGUAUCAAAGCGAUACCAUCGCGAUCAAGUGCGAACCGUCGCGACUUUCUCCUCCAGUAAUCAUGUCGCCAGAACUCGAGCCACUCGUCAAUCACCUACUGGCGCAAAUGGAUCCUUCGCAGCACCAUCACCAUCUCGAAUCCCCGGAACCUCUCGAGGGCGAUAUGAAUUAUAACCACAAUGCGUUCGCAACUCCACAGCUUGUACAGCCCGCGCAACGGACGCCGCGAUCGCGACAGAAGCCCUUGUUGACUAUGGAGGAGAGGUUACAAUUGAUGCCAGAGAAGAGGCCACUUCCUUGGAGACCUGGCGUCGAAGCUGGCGCGGAUAAUGAGACUGGAGGGGAGUCGAGAAGGAAACAAAUUCGAUUCGGUUGCUUGCUUGCGACGCGUGGAGAGGUUCAGGCGGUUCCCUGUGUUAGCUGCACAAAUGGUCGCGGAAAGUUCGAGUUGUGCGUUGCGCUGGAGGGUUUCUUUAAAGGCGCAUGUGCUAGCUGCCAAUUGAGUGGCAGACCAAAUCGGUGCAGCAUUAAGGAAAAAGAUGAUGUACCUUCCGCACCCUCUCCAGCAAUAACACCAGCAAACGUCCCUCUCCCACCACACCAAGACCUCCCCACCGCGCAGACCACCAUCCAAACCCCUAGCGAACCCCCCAACCCCAAGCGCCGCCGAAAAGAAAAGCCAAAGGAACCAGAACAAGACGAGAUUCCCGAAUGGGAACGCGAACGACCCCAAUGGGAACAAGAACUCGGCCAAUCCCAAGCCCGCCAACAAAUGAAAGACCACGUCCAGCGCCCCUGGGCCUCCGUUAACCCUCCCAUCCCCCCUCCUACCCGACUCCCAAAUGGCAUGAAUGGCUCCCUCCCCGAUCGCGCCUGGUCGUCUGUAAACCAGCCGUCCCCCAGCGCGCUUUACGGCAAUGGCGACAGCAACGCCUCGUACCGCACGAGCAUUGACCAAGGGCGGCGCGAAGACACGGGCGACGAUGGAAUCGCGCUCAUAGAUACGUUGCCGAAGAGUAAACAGCGGCAGGUGUACGCGGUUAUUAGCGGGUUGCAGGGCGGUAUUGAGCAUUUACAUCGCGAAUUGGAGUCUUUGAAGCGGGCGUUGGGGAUUGAUGAUUAG